AUGGUGUCACCGCAUACCUCGAGGCGUGGCGGCUAUGAUCUCAAGAUUGUGAUGAGUGGGCAGGACGAGGCCCAGAAAGACGAGGAUCAGACCAAGGAGCAAACCUACCAUGAUGAUGCCAAUGAUGAUGCCAAGAGUGUGGGCCAAGACAACAACAACAACGAUGAUGAUGAUGAGGGCGAAGAAGGGCGAAAGCAAGAUAGUAUCUCCUCCACAGUCUCACCAUGCACGCAUCGUCCCCUCUCCAAGUGGACGUGCGUGCCCUACUGGAAUGGCUCAUGA